CGCAGGCGCGGCGGCCGUGGCUCGCGGGCAGCGGCGGGCCGCGCCGCGCGCCCGGAGCCGCUUGUUCUAGCAGCUGCCCCUGGAGGGCUGAGAAAUGUCCCAGAGGAAGCGCAGCAAAGGGUCUGGCUUCUCUCAGGGUGAAGAGGAGGACGAUGACUACAUUCCGAGUCAGACACAGACACAGGCACUCAGCCAGGGGCCCAGGAAUCUGGAGAGACACUCCCAGGAACAAGUGGAUCAGAAGGUCAGUGAGCUGGUUCAGUUCCUGCUUGUGAAGGACCAGAAGAAGAUCCCUAUCAAAAGAUCAGAUAUUCUGAAGAAAGUCAUUGGUGAGUACAAGGAUGUCUACUCGGAGAUUGUCAACCGGGCAGGCAGGACACUUCAGCAGGUAACCCCAGGCUUCCUGCAGGUGUUCGGGCUGCAGCUGGUGGAGAUCGACACCAAGCACCAUGUCUACAUCCUCAUCAGCACCCUGCCCCGCACUGAGGGGGACAACCUGCGACAGGACGACCAGACGGCUAAGCUGGGCCUCCUCACAGUCAUCCUCAGCUUUAUCUUCAUGAAAGGCAACUCUGCAAAGGAUGGGGCAGUGUGGGAGUUCCUGCGCAGGCUCCGUGUGCACCCCGGGGAGCGACAUGAGAUCUUCGGGGAUGUCAAGAAGCUGGUGAUGGAGGAGUUUGUGCGGCAGAAGUACCUGGAGAUCAGCCCUAUUCCCCUCACAGACCCUGUGGAGUUCAAGUUCCAGUGGGGCCCACGGGCCACCAAGGAGACCUCCAAGAAGGAGAUGCUGCACUUUGUGGCCAAGAUUCAAGGCAAGGAUCCCUCCUUCUGGACGAGCCAGUUCAAAGAGGUCGAGGGGCCCUAACUCCCUCCCAAGACGCCCAGGCUGUGCCUGCAUCUCUCCCCUUGCCCCCAAUAAAGAUGCCCCCCUGCUCCCAAGGC